AGGAAAGCGAUUUCCCGCUCCGGUCUCCAGCACCUGGCCCCUGUGCACUGCCCCACCCUCACUGUCUCCAAUGGACCCCUGAAGGAGCCACGAACAUCCCUGGACUGGACUGAGAAUGCAGUAAAUGGGGAGCACCUGUGGCAGGAGACUAAUGUAUCAGGGGACCUGUGUUACCUGGGGGAAGAUAACUGCCAAGUCAAGUUUUCAAAGUCAGCCAUGCGGAGAAAAUGCGCAGCUUGUAAAAUUGUCGUCCACACUGCCUGCAUGGAUCAGCUAGAAAAGAUUAAUUUUAGAUGCAAGCCAACUUUUCGUGAUGCAACCUCACGGGCUCUGAGGGAGAAUCUGGUGAGGCAUCAUUGGGUACAUCGACGGCGGCAAGAAGGGAAGUGCAGACACUGCGGGAAGGGUUUUCAACAGAAGUUCUCAUUCCACAGUAAAGAAAAUUGUGGCUAUCAGCUGUUCAUGGUGUAAGCAGGCGUUUCACAACAAGGUGACGUGUUUUCUGCUCCAUCACAUAGAAGAACCAUGCUCUCUGGGUGCCCAUGCUGCUGUCAUCAUCCCUCCUAGCUGGAUCAUUAAG